AUGACAGAGGCCUUUGUUACGCUAGCGACAAAUGACGAGUACGUGCAGGGAGCGCUUGUGCUCGGCUACUCUUUGAGGGAAGUCAACACGUCGAAGCGGUUGCACGUUUUGAUCUCGGAGCAGGUGACCUCCUCGGCACAACAGCAACUCUCCGAAGUCUUUGACGACAUCUCGGUCGUUGAUGUCCUCCAGAGCGGUGACGACGCGAAUUUGGCGCUGAUCGGCCGCCCCGACCUGGCCCUCACCUUCACCAAGCUCCACUGCUGGCGCCUCACCCAGUACACCAAGGCCGUCUUCCUCGAUGCCGAUACCCUGGUGCUGCGCAACGUCGACGAGCUGUUCGAGCGGGACGAGUUCAGCGCCGCCCCGGACAUUGGCUGGCCCGACUUCUUCAACUCGGGCGUGUUCGUGUUCCGGCCGAAUGAGGAGACAUACCGCUCCUUGAUGCACCACGCCACCACGCAGGGCUCGUUCGACGGCGCCGACCAGGGUCUGCUCAACUCGUACUUCUCCGGAUGGCGUGAGUCCUCCUCGGCACACCGUCUCCCCUUCAUCUACAACGUCACCGGCGGCAUCUUCUACACGUACGCCGCGGCGUAUAACAAGCUGAAGGACCAGGUGAAGAUCGUGCACUUCAUCGGCACGCAGAAGCCGUGGCGCGGCGGCUCCGGGCUGCAGUUGCCCGAAUUCUCGCAGCGAUGGCACGAGAUCCACCGGCGGCACGUCUCGAAGCAGGGCACCUCGGCGCAGCCGCACGCGUCUGGCGAUCAUUACGAGCUAAUCCUCGAAAUUACGGAAAAGGAGGAUACUCCGCACGACGACUCGCACGAUCGUCAGAAGCACACCGCCGCCACAUCAGCCGCCAAGAAUACUGUAAGUGGUGUGCACCGGAAGGGCCAGAAGAACAGCCGGAAGCCGAAGAGCCAGUCUGGAGCUGAUAAUCCGGAAAAGGUCUCUCAAUCCGAGCCGCAAGAUGACGCGACUCCCCGAGUUCUGUCCCCAUUCUCCGUCUCGUCCUCGGAAUCGCAUGAAUCCGACGGAGAUGACGUCGAAGAGGAGGCGAUUCACCUCGAGAAUUUGCAUGCCUGUAGUGAUGAGAGUGCGGUGAACGAGGAAGAAGAAAAAGAAUCCCUCGAGGAGGGCCGCCGUCGUUGGGAAGAGGGCCGACCCGACUACCUCGGCAAGGACGCCUACCAUCACAUUGAAGCCGCCAUGAAGCGCUCGAUGGAAGGCCCGAAACCU